GUCUCACUCUGGCGGCUGUGUGGGGAGUGAUCAGCCACGCAGCUUGAGACAGCGCAUACAAUCCUGUGAUCAGACAUGAGUGUGUUUGAACAUUUCUGUUAGCAUUAAUCACGGCUAGAAUGUCUAUAAAGGUGAUGCCAGUCCCCCAGACCGUAAUGGUAACCAUAAACAAUCCAGAUGAGGACGGUAGAGUUUCAGCGUUGCAGCAUGACCACCUGUCUAAUUUGAAGACUUUGGCUGAGAAGCUACACCUUGAGACAAAGAGGCCUUCACAUAUAGAGUGGAGAUUUCAGUUAGAGAGCAAGAAAGCCAAAGCUCUGGAGGCAACCGUGGCUGUUAAAGAAGGACAGAUACGAUCCUGGAGUUCUCUGAAGUGGACAAAAUCCUCACUGGACCUUCCAGUAAACAAGUUCCAGAGGCAUCCACCUGAGAGACUGAAAGGAUUUGGAAGCGUUACCGAGGCGAUAGAAUGGCUGACAAAAGAGUUGAGAGAUAUGCGUGUACAGGACCAGGAGCUGGCUCUCCAGCUUAUGCGUCUACAUGGUGAUCUUAACAAGCACAAGAUUGAACAGGCAUGUAAACAGCAUCGGAAAAUGUUAAACGAUGCUACGUUUGAGCUGGAGGAACGCUAUGAGAUGUUGGACCUGCUUUGUGAUGUCCCUGUCGCUUCUGGAUUCAGCCUCUCCGCACCACUCAAGCUCAUUGGGAUCACUAAGAUGAACAUCAGCUCCCGUCGCUUCUCCCUUUGCUAAUUCCUGUAUAGACUGAGUAAAGAAGUAUUGCAGAUUUAAUUCCCAGCUGAAAUUUACUUGAUAUGCUUUGACUUCAGUGAUUCUGGUUAUGCUUUAAUUUAUUAGUAAUUAACCUGUGCUUAAUCUUGAGCUUUUUAACUGUCUGUAUGGAGUUCUGGAUGUUCAUGCCACUAUUGCCAAAGUUUAAUGUGGAUUCAAUGGUUUCCUCUAACUGUCCAAAAAAAACAAAAAAAUGCACGUAGGCAGAUUGUCUAUGCUUAGUUUUGUCUAGGGUGUGAACAAGUGUUUGAAUGUGUGUGCAUGGUUCCUUGCAAUAGACUGGCAUCACAACCCGGGUAAAUUUUCUCACCUUGUGCCCAGCAUUACCAGGAUAGGCUUUGACACUGAUCAUGGCAGAUAAAACCAUAUUAAGGCAGACCCUUUGUGAAUCAAUGACUUUAUUUAGACAAAGUAUGGCUACCAUCGAAUAAGUGCAAAAUCAACCGGUUCCACAGGUAAACAGCAUGCUGGGCAUUUUUUCUAUUGUGCAAUUUUAUUUUGGACAGCUAGACAUCAGUAAGCUAUAAAGCUGACUAAAUUGCAACCCUGAUGACAAAGUGCACACAGACAAACACUUUUAAAGCCACCACGCCGCCAACUAUUCUGAAUGGAUUUAUGAUUGAUCCAAGGCCAGAGUCAUUGACAUUACAGUAUUAUCAUUCACCUACUGUGAUCUAGAACAUUUUUUUUGUCAUUAGAACCAUUUCACACCUUCCGUACAUCAUUGAUCUAUUUCACUAACGAGGAGGUGUGGCUACUUGUACUAUAUGGCCAAUAGUUUGUGGACACUUGAUCAUCUUUUUAAGCAUUCCAUUCAGAUUCCCUUCCAAUGCCCUUCCUAUGUUAUAAUAUUUCCCACUUUUCUAUAAGGGCUUUCCAUUAUGUUUUUAAAUCUGUCUGUGGGGAUUUGUGACAAUUCAGCCACAAGAGCAUUCGUGAGAUCAGACACUAAUGUAGAAUGAGAAGGCCUGGAGAGCAGUCAUUGUUCCAGUUCAUCCCAAAGGUGCACUUAAGGUCAGGGCUCUGUGCAGACCAAGUCAUUUUUAAUCACUUUUAAUGUAAUUUUAAUUUCUAAGUAAAACUUUAAAUUAUUGUGGUAGGGAAAAUUUUAUGAGAGGAAUAAUAGUUUCACUUUUGAGACUAUUAUUAAGUGACACUGGUUAUCCAAUUAUUAAGGAAAGCUUGCAGUGCAGCUUUGCUGGUACAUAUACUACCAGUCACAAUUUUGGACACACCUUCUAAUUCCAUGGGUGUUCCUAAUUUUUAUUUCUUUCUACACUGAAAACAAUGCUUAAGGCAUCCCAAAUAUGCAUUUAUAUUUGAACAAUUGAUAUUAAGAUGUGUCUGUUACUUAUGCUCCGUAAAGCCUUCGUAAUGACUCUAAUGAGGUGCUGUUUGUUAAUUGGUGAUUUCUGAGGCUGGUAACUCUAAAUGAACUUCUCCUCUGCAGCAGAGGUAAGUUUCGGUCUUGCCUUUGGGGACCAGUCUCAUCAUGGUUUUUUGAUGAGUUUUGAAAAUGCAUUUGUUUUUACAAUACUGUUUUUGCGAGAAAUGUUCCAGAACUUAAGAUAAGGUCUUAAGAUAAUAACCAGCUGUUGUUGUUGUUACUUAAUUACCUAAUGCCAUAUGUAUUAUUUCAUAGUUUUUAAAUCUUUAGUAUUGUUAUAGAGUGU